GAACUGCUCUGCUUGCUUUUGUGCACCUUGAAGUUCAGUUUUACUGCUUUUUGGUUGUGCUUAUACAUACUUCACUUUAAUUGUGGUAGUUAACACUUAUCGUGAUGGGCUGUGACUGUGUACAUAUUCUUGAAAUAGGAGUGGUUGCCAUCUAUCUAUGGAGUAUUUCACUAUAGAAGUAUCCGACUUCAUUUUUUUUUGGUUUGUUUCCUUUAUAUAUAGAUACAUUAAAGAAUGAUACUAACAAACUGAAUUUUUAGUUGAUCAACUAAAGUCAAGCGAAGCGAGGCCAAUAUUGAUUUAUGACAUUAGUAAAGGAGAUAGUUUAGAUGGUGCACAGGUCUCAGAGUACAACCUUUCAAUAACUUCUAAUCAUGGAGCUGUUACGUUCCGACUUCUGAUAAUUUCCCCAUCACUCUCUAUUCAACUCAACUCUCCUAUUGAUGCCAACCAACAUCACUUUAUCAAUCUACUUAAUAAUGCCAAUAUGAUUGCUUUAUGAAUGGCCAAAUUUCUUCUUUUGAUAUCAGUGCGCAAUUUCAGAACCAAGAUUCCAACCUUUUCCAAAAAAUUCCUUCAGUUGCCUCUUAUAUCAUUCUUGGUUUUUCCCAAUUCCUUUAUUCUUUUUUCCCUUCUUAUUUGCCUUUGUUUAUGAACUUUCAGCUGUUCAUUUGAUGGUAGAAUUAGGUUCGGCACCGAUCAUGCCCUUUUACUAGUGGAUGUUCAAUUGUUGGACUUGUUUUAAUUACCGUUCUUGAUGAAUGUAGAAUAUGCUUAGCAUUGAUUACUUUUCAGUGGUUUAAAACGAGAAGGUUUGACAUUACUGGGCUGAUAUCCUCUCUAUUAAGAGCUCAUCAUGCACAUGAUCCAAUCAUUCUUGUGACAUCAAGAUACUUGCUAAGGUGAUUCAUUAAUUUCUCAUUCAUUCACUUUCAGCGAGUAAUGAGUAUUGUUUCUCUCUGUCUCUCUUGCUUUAUUUGGUGUCACGUUUCUUUGAUGUUGUACCCAUGAUACGCCGCAUACACAAAAUGUUUUGCUUACAUCAACGAAGUUCAUCUUCCAUUUUAGAUCUUGCUGAGAGGUGAUAUAAACAAAUGGAGUGUUGUGUGUGAGGUUUUUGCAUGUGUCGAGAGAAGUUAACUUGUAUGUGUAUAAUAUUUGGGGCACUAGCUCUUGUUGAGUAAGUGGGUGGGCAAUUUUUGUUGGUCUGUGGGCAAAUCAAGGGUGGUCAUUAGGCUAUACAUUGGUGGGGUUCCAGUUGGUCUUGAUGUUCAGUCCAGUUAGUAUGGGAAGGUUAGUUAAAGAGAUGGUCAAUUUAGUCAUGAAGAUGGAUUGAUGGAGUAUCGUCGCACACAAAUCUCAAGUCUUGUUUUCAUGCUUUGAGGCUGGGACAGCUUAAUCAAUUUCAGCAUUUCCAAUCAGUUCCUGCAUUCUCUACAUUCUUAUAUGCCAUAGUUGUCAAAAGCGCGCCCAGGCGAGGUGCAGGAUAGGCGCCUUGUGUCAGCAGGGGAUCAAUUUCUCUGGGUCUCUCUGAUUGAUCAGCAGCAGCAGUGAAUUCAAGCGAUUCGUUGGCUGUAAAACCCUAACCGCACCUGAUCGACUUGCUUCGAACCGUCUCACACUGAUUUGAACACUGUACAACAAUAUUCGAGCCAUUUCGAGCCCUAAUCUGCAUCUUUGAGGUUCGAAAUCGAGUUGGGUCUAAGAAUUGAAUCCCAAUCUUGCUGAUUCAAACCCUCAAUCACCUUAUUAAACUUCAAAAGUCAAUGUAUUCACGAUUUCGACCCUUGACUUUUUGAUUGGAGUGCCAUAUCACCAGAUUGAAUCGCAUACGUGUACGCAUCCUUGAACUAUGCAUUUUGUUAUUUUGGCAUCAAACUAAGCAUGUUUCAUCUUCAAAUGGUUAAGAGUAAUUUCACACAUACCCAAAAUGGACAAGACUAGAGUGAAUGAGUGAUUGGACUGAUCCAUAUAUUUUAAAAGGAACUUACCUUGUUUGGGCAUAGUCUCUGGAUAGGGGUGAAAGUAUGCUAUGAUAACUUCAUAUUAUCAUAAAUGAACUAUCUUUGUCAUAGUUUCUUGUUUUCUCUUGCUCCACACAUGAAAAGGUGGUCAAAAUUUUAUCAAAUGAUAACUUUCUAUCAUUUAUGAGUUUUAAGUUAUGACUUGGUAGUAAUUAACUUGACUUAAUCCGUAAAAACGUUGCUAUGGUAUUUGUGUCCUGAUAAAGUGUACAUGGAUGGGAAUAUUUUCCAAGCUUAUUUUUGUCAUAAGAUCGGCAUCUCUUCAUUGCGUAAAAUUGAUAGUGCAAUUGAUUUUGUUAACCUUUUUGGGAAACUUGUAUUUAUUUAUUUUUGCCAAUCAAUAACGGAAAACCUGUAUAUUUGCUUCUCAAAAGCUAAUUGCUUUGUCCAGUAUAUUUGAUAUGGUUUGCUAAUUUGGUCAACUUAACCAUUUUGCAUUCUUUCACUUUACUUUUGUGAUUCUGGGUCAAGAUAUAAAUUCAUAUACGUGACAAAUAAGCACAAAUUUUACUUCAAAUUUCUGUUUUCUUAUAAGCUAUUCAUGCACAUAGACAAUGAAGUUUUUCUUUUUAAAUUUAACUUGGUAAGCUACAGUGUUAUGUAUUUUGAGCAAAAGUUUGUGGUAGGCCCUUCUCCUGAUUUUCCUUUGUGCCACAGUACGUUUUUGCUUCAUGUGGUUCUCUUUGGAAUACUUAGUAUGAUUCAAGUUCAGAAUUUGAUGGAUGACAGCUAUGGAUAUUAUAUAUUUGUUCUUUUUUAUCUCCUGCUUAUCUCCAAUCAAGUUUUUUGCAUAGGUUUCGGCGGUGUUGGCAUUUCCCCUUUUGUUUUCAUUGGUUGCGAUCGCUGAAGUAUCUAGCCCAUUAGGCAAGAAAACACCUUUUAUCUUCUGCGACAUUUGGGAGUCAAAUGGAAAUUAGUAGUUUUUAUAUGCAAAUAGCAAAUCAGAUUGUGUUUGAUGUAUUCUUUGUCCUUAUUUUCAAUGCAUUAUAUUUCAGAAUAAUUUUGAAAGAUGCAAGUGGGGAAAGAAAGAAAACCGACAACAUUUUAAAGAAGGAUUACAUAGACAAAGGUCCAGUAGUUUACUUGCAAAGACAUAAGUUUUAGACUGGAAUCGCUAGAAGGAUCAUCCCUGCACAGCUAUCACCUCAUUAAGGAGUUAUUAAUGCCUUCCACUUUCCAGCCUGGACUCUCUCUCUCAGCCAACUCCUACGGACGAGAAUAUCAUCAUCAUCAUCGGCGAUUUCUCUUCUCUUUCAUUUGCGACAGCGGCAGUUUGAAGGGGGUUGCUUUGGAUUCAUCAAGUUAUGGUCAAUUUGAGGUUGCUAAGGCCAGAUUCAAGCAUAAGCGGUGUGCCCAUGGUUUUUGGUUUCAACAUAUGAUUUGUCUCAACUCUAAGCUUCAUCCACAAGAAGUGCAGAUUUUGACCUCUUCUGUGCUUCUUCUAUGUUUUGGCAAUUUGGAAACGAUGGGAGCGUUCACGGUGGUUGCUAUCAUGAUGCAAUUGAGUGGUGCAUCUGGUCUUGUGAUAGCUGUUUUAGAAAAGAAAGCUGGUCCAGCUCCCAGGAAGGGAUAUAUUAACGAUGGAAAGCCUAUUGAUACCCUUAAGUCUGCUGUAGAGACCAAAAUUGAGAGUACAAAGGAAGUCAAGAAAGUGAAUAAAGAGUCAUUUUCAUCCCCACCAGUGAUGCAUUUUCCACCGUUAAGCAGUUCUGGUACUCGAACCUCCUCUAUGGCUACUAAUGAUGUGGAAGUAGUGGAAGUGGAAGGACCUACAAAGCAAAAACGUAGGAGUUGGAGGAAAAGUGAGGAGGAUGCAUUAAUGAAGUGCAUGCUCAAUGAAGCGGCAGAGAAGUGGAAGGCCGAAAAUGGCUUCAAAACGGGUUACUUCACCCAUUUGGAGAAGGAGUUAGAGAAAGUGCUCCCGGGGUGCAACCUUAAAGCAAACCCCCACAUUGACUCCAAUGUGAGGUAUUGGAAAUCCGUAUGGGCUAGAAUUGUAGACAUUACAAACCUAAGUGGUUACGGGUGGGAUGCGGUCAACAAAUGCAUCGACGUGGAGCAAGCCAUAUGGGAUGUGUAUGAAAAGGCCCAUCCUAAAAAGGCCCAAGGCUUGUACGAGAAGUCUUUCCCGUACUUUGAAGAUUGGCAAACCAUAUUUGGCAAGGAUAGGGCUACGGGGACAGCCGCUGAAGAUUAUGACGAAAUAACGCAGCCGGAUAUUCCCAACGAAAGUGUGGAGCCACACAACUCCAAUGACUUUUAUGAUGCCUUAUUGGAUAACUACGAUCAACAUCUCCCCAACACUCCUACAACUCCCGUAACUCCCACACCUCAUUCGUCACUCCCCACAUCCACUCCCCGUGGGUCAACGCCGGCGGCUAAUGCCGGAGUCCCAAACAAGAGAAAGAGGACAAGAAUGGGUGAUGCGGAGUAG